UGGGGUGGAGAUGGCAGUGGGAGGGGCAGGGGAGAUGGCAUGGGGUUCGCCGGCACGAGGAAGGGUGGUUAUUGGGGUUUCAAGGUGGGGUGGGGUCUCUAAUCUACGAGAUAAAAGUUUUAGGGGUAGAUUCGUUUCAUCGACGUUCAAGGAGGAGGACUGUGCCAACGCGAUAGGGGAGAGCGCCGGAGGAGGUGGGUUGCUCGAUAUGCGGUGGGAAGGGAGCCAAAGGGGUCUGGAUUGAGAGUGAGGUUCAGCAGUGCAAAGGGAGAGAUAAAAGGGGGUCAAGGUCGGGGUUAGGAGCGGUGGUCGGUGGUGGGGAGUGAUCUAUGGUUGUCGGUGUGCUAAUGUGCUGUGGGGAUAGUGGUCGGCCGGUGGGGGUUGUAGGGGUAGAGGUUGGUCUACGGCUGGGUUUUGGUGGGGGUGGUUAGGCAAGUGGGGUGGCUGUUUUUGGUGGUUGGGUUAAUUUUUUUAGUUUUUUUUUUAUUUUUUUGUUAAAUAUAAAUUUAACUAUAGUUAAUAUUUAAUGAAAUAAGGUUACGAGUGAGAUGAAAAUUUUAACUUAGGUCAUUUUGUAUAAUUGAAAAAAAGGAAAGUCAUCGUUAGUACGUAGCAAAAGUUGGUUUCACCGUUGAGAAUAUCCCAAAAAAAAAAAAAAAAAAUAGUGUGUUUAGCUAAAACUGUAAAACUCUAAAGGGCGCAACAACAAUGGCGAAAUUCUGGAAGCCUGGAACCGAGAAACCUCGACUGGUAGAAGACGAAGAUGGCGGCGUUCUCUUCUUCUACUCUUCCUCGUCUUCUUCUUCAUCUUCUAGUUUCGGAUACGCCAACAACAUCCAGCAGCAGCGCCAGCGGCUGCCGGUGCAUAAGCGCAGAGACGCCAUUCUCUUUCUAGUUGAAAAUCAUGCUACUACCAUUGUUGUCGGCGAAACUGGCAGCGGAAAAACUACUCAAAUUCCUCAGUAUUUGAAUGAAGGAGGAUGGGCUGAUUCUGGUCAUGUUAUUGCUUGCACUCAGCCUCGCCGUCUCGCUGUUCAGUCAGUUGCUUCAAGGGUUGCUGAAGAAAUGGGUGUUAAACUUGGAGAGGAGGUUGGAUAUGUAAUCAGAUUUGAAGAUGUGACAACUCCGGGUGUUACCAAAAUUAAGUUUCUUACUGAUGGAGUGUUGCUGAGGGAAAUGAUGGAUGAUCCUCUUCUGUCCAAGUACAGUGUUGUCAUGGUAGAUGAAGCACAUGAAAGGUCUAUUUCAACUGAUGUUGUACUUGGUCUCUUGAAAAAGAUUCAAAGGCGUAGGCCUGAACUGCGUUUGAUUAUAUCAUCUGCCACUAUUGAAGCAAAAUCCAUAGCUUCUUUCUUCAGAGUUAGUAAGAAGCAUCGAGGAGGAGCUGGUGACGAACUUGGGCCAAAGACAGAACCUGCCAUUAUCUCAGUUGAGGGAAGAGGCUUUACUGUCGAAAUCAAUUAUGUUCAGGAGCCGGUUGCAGACUAUCUUCGAGCUGCUGUAUCAACUGUUAUGUUGAUACACAAACAGCAAACAGUGGGUGAUAUCCUUGUAUUCCUUACGGGUCAAGAUGAUAUUGAUGCGGCUGUUCAGCUGCUUAAUGAAGAAGCUCAGAGUUCUGAUAGAAGCUCAGGAGAAUUUCUCGCUCUGCCUUUAUACUCCGGACUUUCACGUGCAGAGCAGGACUUGAUCUUUUCUCCUACUCCUAGAGGGAAAAGGAAGGUCAUAAUAUCGACAAAUAUUGCAGAGACAUCAUUGACUUUGGAGGGCAUAGUCUAUGUUGUUGAUAGUGGCUUCUCAAAACAGCGUUUUUAUGAUCCGCUAUCAGAUAUUGAGAAUUUGGUGGUGGCACCCAUAUCAAAGGCUUCUGCAAGACAAAGGACAGGUAGGGCUGGAAGAGUGAGACCAGGGAAAUGUUACAGGUUAUAUACCGAGGAAUAUUAUGUAAAUGAAAUGCCAGCUGAGGGGAUUCCUGAGAUGCAGAGAUCAAACCUUGUCUCCUGCGUAAUACAGUUGAAGGCUCUAGGAAUUGAUAAUAUCCUGAAUUUUGGGUGGCCCGCAUCACCAUCACCAGAAGCUAUGAUUAGAGCUCUUGAAGUAUUGUACUCUCUAGGUGUGCUUGAUGAUGAUGCCAAGCUCACUUCGCCUACCGGAUUCCAAGUUGCUGAAAUUCCACUGGAUCCCAUGAUUUCAAAAGCUUUGCUUGCGUCUAAUGAACUAGGGUGUUCAGAGGAAAUGCUUACUAUAGCAUCUGUUCUUUCUGUACAGUCUAUUUGGAUCUCCGUAAGGGGAGCACAGAAGCAGCUAGAUGAAGCCAAGCUCCGAUUUGCUGCUGCUGAGGGUGACCAUGUGACUUUCCUAAAUGUGUACAAAGGAUUUCUGCAGUCCGGCAAAUCAUCAAAAUGGUGUCACAAGAACUUUAUUAACUAUCAUGCUAUGAAAAAAGUUCUAGAGACCAGAGAUCAACUCAAAAGAACGGCACAGCGGCUGGGUAUAGUAUUAAAAUCUUGUGACAGAGAUAUACAGGUUGUAAGAAAGGCAAUUACUGCUGGAUUUUUUGCUAAUGCUUGUCAUCUGGAAACUUACAGUCAUGAAGGAAAAUACAAGACUGUCCGUACUUCUCAGGAUGUUUAUAUCCACCCUUCAUCUGUUUUGUUCAGAGUCAACCCAAAGUGGGUUGUAUACUAUUCUCUCGUCUCGACUGAUCGUCGAUACAUGCGCAAUGUUGUGACAAUAGAUCCUACAUGGCUUGUAGAGGUUGCCCCACAUUAUUAUCAGUAUCAAGGGCCUGGUUCCAGUGCUAAGGCCUAGGUAAAUGCAUACUAGAGAACUUAUACCUGGUUGAACGUCAUGAUUAGCAUGCAUAGGGGCUGUAUAUUCUUUUUGUACGUAUCAGAUGCAAAAGUGUUAGAUUAGUUUGAAGCCCUCUUAAAAUUUCUCCAACAAUGAUUCAGAGAUAACUUACUUAUCAGUUGAGGAAUGGUAAUUCAGGAUAAAAGCCAAGUACAAUGAUGAAAUUUUCUUAUUUUGUUUCGGCAGAAAAUUGUGAUGUUGUCAUUGACAAGAAGAGUUUAGAUCUGCAUUCAAUGUCCUCCUUUUCCCUCAAUUUGUUCUUAUUGGUUUCCGGUAUGAUGCUAUCCAACAGUUAACUGAGGUUUUUUACAUGCUCGAAAAGACAAGUACUGUGUAGGCAAUGUUGUAACUUGUAAUAAUUACCAGUGUUACAACGUUACAAGUUAUGAAUUCUGCAAUACACUUGCUUCAUAUUUUCAUUCAACGGCGGUUUUAGAUCUUGUCAUUAGAGAUGGUAGUAAAUGACCGUCUCCAUGCUGAAUCCUGAUAAAAUCUGCUGUAAUAAGAUUGCCCUAUUACUAGUUGUACCGUGGAAUGCUCAACUACUUUUGGCAUCAUUCGUUA